UAUAUGAAAAAGAGUGUCAAAUAUUGAAUAUUUAGAUGAGACUUAAAAUCUUUACACUAAUUAUUAAUCCAGGUAUAAAUAUUCUUUAGAAAAGUGAGCAAAGAUACCAAACAUUAAAUCAAGAUACAUAUACAUUGUGCUUAAGUUUUUAACCUGAUACUAACUUUAAGUUUUGAAGAGGAUAAGCUAGAUGUUCAUCCGGCUCCUUUUGUUGACCCUAUGAUUGUUGCGAGUUCUGUCUCAAUCUGUUGCAGGAAAUCUAUCGUGCUGGGAGCAUAAUCAAGAUUACCUUUGUUAGUUUUUUUUGGCCACAAUCCUGAUUGCGAUUCAUUCAUUGAGGAAAAGUUCAUGCCAGAAAUGUUGCAGGCCAGAUCUUCCAUGGUCUGCUGUUGCAGCAGAAUCAUUUCAUUCUUUUCUAAAUUCACAAAGAUGAAGCUGUGUUCUACAGGUGCCAAAUCCUGCCAUAAUCAUUUUUGUCUAUGGUGUUGAUACCUCUGUUCUGUGUUCAAGAAUUUUCUCUUUUUUCUUCCCAAGUUGGACUUUUGAUCGGUUCCCAGUAGGUAAAGCAAUAAUGUACAUAGGUAGACUCGCGGCUCCACCAAUCACCACCAAGAACGUGGUCGAAUAAGGCUCCUGGCCUGGAAUUUGAUAAGAUGAUAACUCUUCCCCUUUCGCUUUCCUCUUCCUAAUGGUCUCACCAUUUGUCUCCAAUUUCUAAGGAAGCUCUGUAAUGGCUAUUUCUCCUCUCUUCUCCUCCUUUCUCUUCGUCUUCUUCCUUAUCCAUGCAAUAACAUCAACAUCAGAUGAAUCUCCGGAGACUUUCAUUGUCCACGUGUCAAAAUAUCAUAAGCCACCCAUUUUCACCACCCAUCGCCACUGGUACUCCUCCAUUGUCCGAUCACUCUCUCCCUCACACCAUCCAUCCAGAAUCCUCUACACAUACGACCGUUCAAUCCACGGCUUCUCCGCCAGGCUCACCGCAGCCCAAGCGACAGAGCUCCGCCGCGUCUCCGGCGUCCUCUCCGUCAUCCCAGAUCUUAUACGGCACGUCCACACCACUCACACUCCUCAAUUCCUAGGCCUUGCAGACUCCUUCGGCCUGUGGCCCAACUCCGAUUACGCCGAUGACGUCAUCAUUGGACUCCUCGAUACUGGAAUCUGGCCGGAACGCCCAAGCUUCUCCGACGCCGGCCUUUCUCCAGUUCCCUCUAAUUGGAAAGGUAUUUGCGAGACCGGACCAGACUUUCCUAAGUCAUCAUGUAAUCGGAAAAUUAUCGGUGCUAGAGCUUAUUACUUAGGAUACGAAGCUGGACUUCAAAAGCCAAUGGAUGAAUUAAAAUCUCCGAGAGAUACAGAAGGUCAUGGAUCGCAUACUUCUUCUACAGCUGCUGGAUCUGCGGUUCCCAACGCCAGCCUCUUUCAGUACGCGGAAGGUGAAGCUAGAGGUAUGGCGACUAAAGCUAGAAUUGCAGUUUACAAGAUCUGUUGGAGCUUUGGCUGUUACGAUUCGGAUAUAUUAGCCGCAAUGGACCAAGCGAUUGUCGAUGGUGUUCAUGUGAUCUCUCUGUCUGUCGGAGCUGGUGGCUACGCUCCGCAAUACUAUCGAGAUUCCAUUGCAAUCGGAGCCUUCGGAGCCGUAGAACACGGCAUUCUUGUGUCGUGCUCCGCUGGAAAUUCCGGUCCCGAUCCGUACACAGCUGUGAACAUCGCUCCGUGGAUUCUCACCGUCGGUGCUUCAACCAUCGAUCGGGAGUUUCCAGCUGAUGUGAUUCUCGGCGAUGGUAGGUCCUUUGGUGGAGUGUCCUUGUACUCCGGAGAUCCACUUGGAGACUCCAUGCUCCCACUGGUCUACGCCGAGGACUGUGGAAGCAAAUAUUGUUACUCAGGGGAGUUAAAUUCUGCACAAGUAGCCGGAAAAAUUGUUCUCUGCGACCGUGGUGGUAACGCGAGAGUAGAGAAAGGAAGCGCCGUGCAAAUCGCCGGUGGAGCGGGAAUGGUACUUGCGAACUUGGCUGACAGUGGUGAAGAACUCAUCGCAGAUGCCCAUCUCAUUCCCGCUACUAUGGUGGGUGAGACCACAGGUAAUAAAAUCAGAAAUUACAUCAAAUCUGGUUCGUUACCGACGGCGACAAUUACCUUCAGAGGCACGGUGAUUGGAUCUUCGCCGUCGGCGCCACGUGUCGCGGCUUUCUCAAGCCGUGGACCCAAUUAUCGUACGGCUGAGAUUCUUAAACCCGAUGUUAUAGCUCCAGGAGUGAAUAUUUUGGCCGGUUGGACCGGAUAUAUCGGUCCAACGAGUCUGGAUACUGAUUCGAGAAUAGUAGAUUUCAACAUUAUUUCUGGCACGUCAAUGUCGUGUCCACAUGUGAGUGGAUUAGCUGCGUUGCUUCGUAAGGCCUAUCCUAAGUGGACCCCAGCGGCUAUCAAAUCAGCACUCAUGACCACUGCUAGUAAUCUGGACGAUAAUGGUAAACAUAUUACUGAUCUUGCCACUGGAGAAGGAUCAACGCCGUUCGUUCAUGGCGCUGGACACGUGGACCCCAACAGAGCUCUUGAUCCUGGGUUGGUAUACGAUAUGAAUGUUGUUGAUUACGUCGCAUUCCUUUGCGCUAUUGGGUAUGAUCCGAGUAGAAUGGCCGUGUUUGUGAAAGACCCUACUUUGGUGGAUUGUGCUUCACUGAGUUUAGGUAGUCCUGGAAAUCUGAAUUACCCAUCAUUUGCUGUGGUUUUUGAUUCUGACAAUGGUGUGGUUAAAUAUAAGAGAGUUCUGAAAAAUGUUGGGAGUUUGGUGGAUGUUGUGUAUGAGGUGAAAGUGAAUGCUCCGCCGGGUACUGAGGUUGGCGUAAUACCGAAUAGGCUUGUGUUUAGCGGAGAAAAUCAGACGUUAUCGUAUGAGAUUACAUUCAGUAGUGUUGGAUUGGAGAGGGUUGGUGGUGCUAGUAAAUCCGCGUUUGGGUACAUUGAGUGGACAGAUGGUGUUCAUCAUGUGAGAAGCCCAAUUGCGGUGGUGUGGCAUCAGGAUUCACGGGUUUCAAUGUGAGCUGGACCAUGGUCCUAUCCUAGAAUCAUUCAGGUUGUUUUCUGCAAAUUAAUCGACCUGUUGUACAAAGAAUAAAGAUCCCUUUCAUCAAAUUAAGUCUAAUUUGCUUUAUUCCACCAAAUUUCUUCUUCAAGUUUUAAGGGUAUGUGUAAAUGCCCGCGAGAUCCAAAUUGUGUCCUUGUAUGAAAUUUUGUCCUGGCAUAGAAGGAGAAGGUUGCAAAUUUUCUACUAUUGCUUUGUUGCCCUUUGGUCUUAUGUUCUUUC